AUGCUGCCAACCAGCAAUGUGACAGAAUUCAUUUUUCUAGGACUCUCUUCCAAACAAGAAGUCCAGAGGGUUUGCUUUGUAGUGUUUCUGCUCAUGUAUACGGCUAUAGUGUUGGGGAAUUCUCUCAUAGUGUUAACUAUCAAAUCCAGCAAAAGCCUUCGCUCUCCUAUGUAUUUCUUCCUCAGUCAUCUCUCCUUUGUGGAGAUCUGUUAUUCUUCCACUACGUCUCCCAAACUCAUUGUGGAUUUACUUGUUAAAAAGAAAACCAUCUCCCUAGAGGGCUGUAUCACACAGCUAUUCUUUAUGCAUUUCUUUGGUGGUAUUGAAAUCUACCUACUCACAGUGAUGGCCUAUGACAGGUACGUGGCCAUAUGUAAACCUCUACACUAUAUGACAAUCAUGAGCCAGCAGAUGUGUGGGCUCUUGUUGGGGGUGUCCUGGAUGGGUGGUUUCCUCCACUCAAUUGCCCAAAUUCUCCUCAUGUUCCGUUUACCCUUCUGUGGCCCCAAUGUGAUUGACCACUAUUUCUGUGACCUGCUUCCUCUGCUGGAACUUGCCUGCACUGACACUUACUUCAUAGGCCAGCUCAUUGUGGUUAAUGGUGGGAGCCUUUCACUGAUUAGUUUUGGGGUUCUCCUUACCUCUUAUGCUGUCAUCUUGGUACACCUGAGAGGGCACAGCAAGGAGGGACGCCAAAAGGCUCUCUCCACCUGUGCCUCACACAUUACUGUGGUCGUCUUACUCUUUGGGCCCUGCAUCUUCAUUUAUAUGCGACCCUCCACCACAUUGUCUAUUGACAAAAUGGUGGCCUUAUUCUACACAGUGAUCACCCCGCUCUUGAACCCAGUUAUCUACUCCUUAAGAAAUGCUGAAGUGAAGAAUGCCAUGAGGAAAUUGUGGUUCAGGACACUGAAACAAAAUGAGAAAUGA